AUGGUUGCGAGUCAAUCUUCACAGCUGGCAUCUUCUUUUGAGAUCUGCCCCUCUACGGCUCCACUUGAUGAUUGUUGUUCUCUGGUCCCUUGCACACCUCCUGAGGAAUUAUUUUAUGCUGAUGAUGUUAGGGCUAUGGUGGCUGGCGCCAAGCAGCGACAGCCCCAUGCUGAUUUUCAGCUGGAACUGUCAGGGGCUAGGCCGACCCCUGAUAGUCCGGAUCCUCCGAGGGUUGGUCUCAACCCAUCGGCCUAUGGAGGGCUGGCGCUUUGGUGGACUGACGAUGUUCAAAUUGACAUCAGGUAUCAAUCUAAGAAUUUGAUUAGGGGCAUUAUUACUCCUCCAGAUAAAUCUACAGUUUGGGCUACCUCUUUUGUCUAUGCCCCUCCUCAGCGUUCUCUUCGCAAGGUGGGUGCAGGUAAUAUCCAUGAACGACUGGAUCGAGCUCUAGCCACGGUGGGUUGGAGAUCCUUGUAUCCUUGUGCCCAGGUCUUUCACGAAGCCCGAUUUGGCUCUGACCAUAGUCCCCUCCUUCUCAGUUGUUGUGUUCCACUCAAGAAGGUUCCUAGAAUUUUCAAAUUUGAAACCAUGUGGACGACUAGCCCAGCUUGCGAAGAUGUCAUUCGGUCUAAAUGGGAUGGACAACACUUUGGCUCCCCAAUGUUUCAGCUAGUCUCUAAGUUAAAAUCUUAUAAGGAGGGUCUUAAGGCGUGGAGUAAAGCAACGUUCGGAAAUAACCAAAGCCAAAUUCUGAAUCUCAAGUCCCAACUCAUAUCUCUCCAAUCUCACCCUUUCUCAGAGGAUAAUGCUCUUUUGCAACGGCAAUUAAAGGUGGAUUUGGAGGAGGCCUUGUCCCGCGAGGAGAUGUAUCUGCAUCAACGAUCUCGUAUUAGAUGGUUGAGUUAUGGGCACAGGAAUUCCCAAUUCUUUCAUGCCUCAAUGAUUCAACGUCGUCAACGAAACCAACUUUUGAGACUUCAGAACGAGGCGGGCGUUUGGCUCCACACAGAACAUGAAAUCAAUCAGCACCUCUUAGGGUAUUUCUCAAAUUUGUUUCACAGUGUUGGGCAGAGGAAUGUAGAGGAAGUAUUAUCUAUGGUAACUCCAGUCAUUUUAAAGUCUAUGAAUCAUCUUCUGGUCCGACCCCUCAGCGAUCAGGAAGUUAAGGAUGCAGUGUUUCAAUUAGGCGCAGUUAAGUCUCCAGGACCCGAUGGUUUUUCAGGGUGUUUCUACCAUAAGUACUGGGCUGUGGUUGGGCCUCAUGUAUGCACUGUAGUGCUCAGCUUUUUCCUAGGUGGUCAUCUCCUCAAAGAACUAAAUCACACCAAUUUGGUUCUUAUCCCCAAAGUGAGUCACCCGGUGAAGUUAUCCCAGUUCAGGCCUAUCAGUUUGUGUAAUUUCACUCUGAAGAUCAUCACCAAGAUUCUUGCAAACCGGCUGAAACAGAUUCUGAAGUCCAUAAUCUCUCCCAAUCAAUCGGCCUUUGUACCAGGACGAAUGAUUCAAGACAACUCCAUUGAAGCACAUGAGGCUUUCCACUUUUUAAAACAUAAGAGGAUGGGGCGAGCGGGGUUUAUGGCCAUUAAGCUGGAUUUCAACAAAGCUUACGAUCGCGUUGAAUGGGAUUUUUUAUUGGAACUUAUGCGCCGAAUGGGGUUUGCUCCGAAAUGGAUCCAGUGGGUUUCUGAAUGUAUCACUUCGGUCAUCUUCUCUAUCUUUGUCAAUGGUGAAAAACGGGCUGCUUUUACCCCGUCUUGUGGGUUACGGCAAGGAGACCCCCUCUCUUCGUAUCUCUUUAUCCUAGUUGCGGAUGUCUUAUCCAAACUGAUCAAUCACAAUCUUCACAUGGAAGCAAUUUUGGGCUUCAAGAUCAAUAGACACUGUCCCACUCUUUCUCCCACUUGUUCUUCGUGGAUGACGUAUUAUUAUUCCUCAAAGCAGACCAGGCUGAAUGUUCGAAGGAACUUCUGUGCCAAACUCAAUUCUCUCAUAAGCAAAUUCUGGUGGAAUGGCGACCCGGAGAGCAGGGGCAUUCAUUGGCAAAAGCAAGGAUGGCGCCUGGUCAAGUAUCCUAACUCCUUCUGUGCUAGAAUGUUAAAAGGGAUCUAUUUUCCUCAUUCUAACUUCAUGGAAGCCUCUAGGGGUCAGUGCGUUUCAUCGGCUUGGGCAAGUUUGAUCCAAAGCAGAACACUCCUAUGCAAAGGUGUCCGUUGGCAAGUGUAUAAUGGUGCUUCCAUCAAAUUUUGGGAUGAUAAAUGGAUCCCUUCUCUUCCGGGAUUUAAAGUUUCCUCCCCAAAACCUCCCAUCAGCCGGGUUAACACAGUGGUGGACAUAAUUGAUACUUCUCAUGGCCUUUGGAAAGUCGAUGCUCUACAGGGUCUGGUCUCGGCGGCCAAAGUCAAAGCAAUAUGUUUAAUUCCUAUUUCUUUGGCUCACCAUGAGGAUACGCAGAUUUGGCAUCAUGGGAAAUCGGGGGUUUACACAGUCAAAUCGGGCUAUCACGUUGCGGGCCAGCUGAAGAACAUCCCAGAUGCUCAACUUCUCUCCACCUCUUUCUAG